AGAAUUUGUCUACUAAUAACUCAUGAUCCACAAACAAACACGAGCAAGUACUUCGUUGAUGACGACUUUUAGUACUUGCAAACUCUACUUUGCCUCCUCAUCUAGGUCAAUUGCAGAUUAGAAAAGAAAAUGAACACGGUCCACUUCUGUACGAAGAAGGAGAAGAACUAAGUAAAGUGUCUAGGUGAGUACCAAGGUAGGUAGGUAGACAGGUAGGUAUGAAAGAGAUCCGGAUUCUCUGAUUUAUAUUUAUAUAUAAAGUUCUCAAGUCAGACGUCAGAUCGAUAGUUAGUAAUGAUUUUGGAAUUCUUUCUCUUACCUUGAUCAUUUGAUAACUAUAAUCUUCUUCAUCUCAUUAUCUUUUUAAUCUGCUGGAUAUAUAUUUGCAAGGGAAAAGCUGAUCACGCAAAUCUUCAUUUUUAUCCUGGUUCAUCUCAAGGUCGUCUCGUUGGUGUGUAUGUCACAUCCAUACGUCCAUCCAUCCAUCAAUUCCCAUUUCGUUCUCUGAGCCGUGGCCAUGUUUUCGGUGAGACAUCAACCGACCAUCAUCACGGGGAAAGGUACACCAUAUUUUCGCAUUUCUACUGCGAGAGUAUCUGGAAUAUCUCAAAUAAGACAAUUGAGAUAUCAAAGUAGAAAUGCGAAAUUAAAUACACACACCCCUUCUCAAGUAUCAGCCUCGAUACCGAAAUCCAAUUCCAAAGACAAAAAAGGAUGGUCGACACAAAAUGCUCUUUUGUUGGCGGCGGCCACCGCCGGCUUAGCUUACACGUUUGCCAUGGUACGGGAAAAGAAGAGGAGGGGUGAGGGUAGGGAUUAUGCGGAUCCGGAGAAGUUUACGGUACCUCGAUAUGCAAAUAUCAAGGAGAUGGAGAUGGCCCUGAAGGAAAUUCGAGAAGCUACAAAUGAGGAUACUAUUUCUACAGACCCGGAAGAUUUGUUGGCUCACGGAUACUCAGAAUGGUCAUCUACCAAUGUCGAUGGUUUACCAGUAGCAGUGGCCUAUCCAAAAUCUACUCAGGAGGUCUCUAAAAUUGCGUCGAUAUGUCACAAAUAUCGGGUACCAAUUGUUCCUUAUUCAGGGGGAUCGAGUUUGGAAGGGAAUGUAUCAUGUCCUUAUGGAGGUGUUAGCGUGGAUUUUGCUUUCAUGGAUCAAAUUAUUACAUUUCAUCCAGAGGAUAUGGAUAUUGUUGUUCAACCAUCUGUUUCGUGGAUGGAUCUCAAUGAUGAACUUGCAAAACGUCAAUCCGGACUCUUCUUCCCAGUGGAUCCAGGUCCAAGUGCAAAAAUAGGAGGUAUGGUAGGAACAAACUGUUCCGGUACCAACUGCGUUCGUUACGGUUCCAUGAAAGAUUGGGUCAUAAAUCUAACCGUCGUGCUCUCCGAUGGAACAAUCAUCAAAACCAAACGACGACCUCGUAAAUCUUCCGCAGGUUACAAUCUCAACAGUCUCUUUGUAGGCUCCGAAGGAACCCUCGGUCUUGUAACUGAAAUCACACUCAAACUCGCUGUCGUGCCACAAGAAUACUCCGUUGCUGUAGUCACUUUCCCUACGAUCCGUGAUGCGGCAGCGGCAGCAGCUGGUGUCAUGCGCGCGGGUAUUCAAGUCGCAGCUAUGGAAAUCAUGGACGAAGUCCAAAUGAAAGUCGUCAAUCUAUCCAAAUCUACCGCUCCUCGUCAAUGGAAAGAACUCCCUACGCUCUUCUUCAAAUUUUCCGGUACCAAAGCAUCAGUGAAAGAAAACAUAGCAAUGGUGUCCUCCAUUGCCAAAUCCCAUCGCGGUAGCUCCUUUGAAUUUGCAAAAGACGCACGAGAACAAAAGUUAUUGUGGUCAGCGAGGAAGGAAUCAUUGUGGAGUAUGCUAGCAUUGAGAAAAAAUGGAAGUGAAGUCUGGAGUACGGAUGUGGCGGUACCUUUCUCACGAUUGGCGGAUAUUAUUGAGUUGAGCAAGAAGGAAAUGGAUGAUUUGGGACUUUUUGCUAGUAUUUUGGGUCAUGUGGGAGAUGGAAACUUUCAUGAGAGUAUCAUGUAUGAUCGAACGGUGCCGGGAGAGAUGGAGAAGGUGGAGAGGUGUGUGAAGAAUAUGGUGGUUAGAGCUUUGGAGAUGGAGGGCACAGUAACGGGCGAACAUGGAAUCGGAAUCGGAAAGAAAGAAUCUCUACUCUUGGAACUAGGACAUGAUACUUUGGGAGUCAUGAAAUCUAUCAAAUCGGCAUUGGAUCCACAUUGGAUCAUGAAUCCAGGUAAAAUCAUAGAUAUCCCCAAGUAAACCCACCUCGCUUCGCUUCGCUUCGUUCCGUUUUCGCUUCCUAGGUACCUACAUACCUUCCUUCUAUGAUUUGGUAUGGUAUGGUAUGGUUUGGUAUAUAUUCGCAUCGCAUUACAUCACAUAGUAUGGUAUGGCAUAUCAUCAAAAUCAUCUUGGAUUGGUACUUACAUCUUGGAGGCCAAAAUGUUCACGAAAAGGAUUUUGUGGAGAGGAAUGAAAAUGAAUAGGAGCGGGAUAAAAAUUGCAUAGAUAUUGGUAUGGAUGGGUAUGAGCAUGAGCAUGAGCAUUGGGGGAAGGGAGGGGAUUGUCUUUUUGUUUGUUUGUUUGUUUGUUUGUUUGUUUGUUUGUUUGUUUGUUUGUUUGUUUGUUUGUUUGUUUGUUUGUUUGUUUGUUUGUUUGUUUGUUUGUUUGUUUGUUUGUUUGUUUGUUUGUUUGUUUGUUUGUUUGUUU